AUGGCGCCGCCGCCGUCCUGGACCGUCGCCGUCAUCCUGGUGGCGUGCUUCGGCCGCACCUCGGCGUCCGCGUCCGCCCCGCUGAGCCGCGACGUGGACGUCGUGGUGGCCGAGUCCCCCGUCACGCUGCGGACCACGACGGACGCCACGCUGACGUCGACGGCCGUGUCGUCUGACGAGCAGCAGCAGCGGCCCGGCCUGGCCGACGUGGUCAAGGCGCGGCUGGGCGACGCGCCGCCGCACGCCAAGCAGAGCAUGGUCCUGUACGCGGACAACGCCACGGUGCACACGGCACACGUGUUCGGGGGGCGAGGCGCCAAGGCCAUCCGCUUCACGUCCAAGAGGGGCAACGAGCUGGACCCCGCCCUGGAGGCCCUGCACUCGAUGGCCGGCCCCAGCAGCACCACCCCCGUCCCCGUCCCCACCUUCAGCGCGCAGCCCGCCGCCACCACGGCCCUGCAGCCCGCCGAGGCGCCCAGCCCGUGGAGCGCCUUCAAGGGCGUCGUCUCGGACUGCCUGUGGGGGUUCUCGGCCACCUGCCUGCAGCGGAAGCUGCUGGUCUUCGUCAACAGGCUGUCGCGGAUGGAGCGAGUCAACCUGCUCGGAAGCUACGUGUCGCUGGUGCGCGUGACGGACGACGCGCCACCCCCUCUCUCGGAGCACGUCCUGGAGGCCAGGGUGGCGGAUGACGAGGAGGACUCGGAGACGGCCCUGGAGGCCCUCAUGCAGCACAACGUGGACUCGUUCGUGGAGAGCCACGUCCUCCGCUUCCGGGUGCCGUCCUGGAUCGGCAGCACCCUCGGCAGCGUGGGCACUGGCAGGGACGUGGACGCCGUCGACGUGGAGCUGGAGGAGCUCGUGGAGACUCGGCAGAAAUUCGGCGGCGGCGGCGGCAAAGGGGGCGGCGGCAAGGGCGGCGGCGGCAAGGGUGGCGGUGGGAAGGGCGGGGGCAAGGGGGGCGGCAAGGGCGGUGGCAAGGGCGGAGGAAAGGGCGGCAAGGGUGGCAAGGGAGGCAAGGGCGGCGGCAAGAUGAUGAAGAAGAUGAUGAAGGGCAUGUCCAAGAUGGGCGGCGCCAUGAUGUUCGGCCUCCUCGGCAAGGCCGCCCUGCUCGCGCCCCUUCUCGGCUUGCUGUCCACGCUAGCGCUCAAGGCGUCCACCAUAGCGCUCAUCAUCGCCAAGAUCAUGUUGCUGAGGUCGGUCUUCAGCGGCGGUCUGGGAGGCCUUGGCGGCCUUGGUGGAGGCGGUGGCGGCAAGGGUGGCUUGAGCAGCCUGUUCAGCGGCUUCGGCGGCGGCGGUUCGCAGCAGCCCAGCAGCGGCUACGGCGCCCCCGCGGCAGGGCCGAGCAGCAGCUACGGUGCCCCCGCCCCCAGCCAGUACGGCGCCCCCGCGCCCAGCCAGCCCAGCAGUCAGUACGGCACGCCGCAGUUCAACUCGCCAGCGCCCACGUCCAGCUACCGGCCGCCCAGCACCGGGUACGGAGCCCCCGCCGCGGCCCCGCAGCAGUUCGCGCCCCCCAGCACCAGCUACGGCACCCCCGCCAGCAGCUACAGCCCGCCGGCCUCCAGCUACAGCCCGCCGGCCUCCAGCUACAGCUCGCCGGCCUCCAGCUACAACCCUCCCAGCUCCGACUACGGCGCGCCCACGGGGGGCAGCUACUUCCCCACCGGUGGCGCGGGCUCCAGUGCGGGCUCCAGCGCGGGCUCGUCGUCGUCGUCCUUCGGGGGCGGCGGCGGGGCGUCGUCGGGCAGCUCGGCGGGCAGCUCCAGCAGCAGCUUCGGCGCGUCGGCGCCCGCGGCCCCCGCGCAGAGCGGCUACGUGGGCGGGGGCAGCCACUGGGUGAACAAGAGGGCGUGGGACGCGCACGCCCUGGCCUACAGCGCCUACCUGCAGGAGCCCGAGAUGCACACCACCACGGAGCCGAUGCUGUAAAGGCCCGCGCCUACCCGUGCCCAGCUGUACCACUCCGGAAGGCGGUGCCCGUGCGGCUCUGUGAUUCCGAAAAUUUCGCCAAAGAAACUCCUUUCUGUCUUAAGUUUUGCCGAUUUGACUUUGCAGUGUAGAAUCUGUGCCGUUAGUCUGGCCACGUUUUCGGAAUCCUGGAACUGCCAGCCUUCGCGAGCAGCCGCAACGCCCAGACACGUUUGGUCGCGUGGUUGGCUCGCGAUGCCCCCGGCUAUUUUCGUGCUGUGAUGUUCCCGCUCUUUUAUGUUCGUAGUUAUUUAUUUGUAUAUUCUCGUAGAGCUCCUUCCACUGUCCCAAUAAAAGACACAAAUCCGCA